AUGAAUGUCCGGCCGUCCAUCGAGGCGUCGAAUCCGACGGCCGUGCUGUCUGUCGCAUUCAAUAGCGACAGUAGCUGCUUUGCUGUUGGGCUCGAAUCCGGCAUCUGCAUAUUCCAUACCAAGUCAUGUCUGUUGAAAGCAUCAAGAGAUUUCAAUGCUGGCAUCGGUCUUGUUCAAAUGAUGGGCAUGAGCAACUACCUGGCUCUCGUUGGUGGGGGCAAAUCGCCCAAGUUUGCCAUGAACAAGGCCAUCAUCUGGGACGACAUGAAAGGCAAGGUUGCGCUCGAACUAUCCACCCUCAGCUCCGUCCGCGGCGUCCAACUUGGCCGCGAACGCAUCGUCGUCGUUCUCCUGAACAGCGUCCGCGUGUACUCCUUCUCCAAGCCUCCCAGACUGCUGCACGUGUACGAGACGGCAGAAAACAUGUUUGGCCUGAGCUCACUAGCCAGCAAGCGACUUGCCUUCCCAGGCAGGACCGUCGGCCAAAUCCAGCUCGUUGAGCUUGCUACCGGAAACGUGAGCAUCAUCCCUGCGCACUCUUCGGCCCUGAAAGCUAUCCAGUUAAGUCCCGACGGGGAGCUGCUCGCCACUGCGAGCGAGACAGGAACCCUGAUCCGGGUGUAUUCAACCAGCAACUGUGCCAAGGUUGCGGAGCUCAGGAGGGGAAUCGAUCCCGCCACAAUCUUCUCGCUUGCCUUUUCACCAUCUGGCUCCAUGCUCGCCUGCACAUCCGAUAAAUCUACCCUACACGUAUUCGACGUGCCAAACACCAAGAGGCAGUCUCUGCAGCGCAGCCAGCACUUGAGCUCUACCGAUGCCGAAGCAGGAAAAUGGGGCAUUCUCGGCAGAAUCCCCCUCAUGCCUCGAGUCUUUUCGGACGUUUACUCAUUCGCAUCUGCUCCCUUCGAGGCUGGCGAUGAAACCAUGAUAGGAGGGAUUCCGUUUUCCGAAGGUAUCGUGUUGGGACCUGUGCGACCUGCAAAGGGAAUUCUCGGCUGGAUUAGCGAAGAUAGCUUGGCGGUGGUUGGAGCUGGAAAGGAUGCCCGGUGGGAGAAAUUUGUCUUGGUAAAUGGGGAGAACGGGAAGCGCGUUUGCGUGAGGGAAGGGUGGAAACGAUAUCUUGGGAAUACGUGA